CCCACAUCUGACCACCAAGAACGGCACGUCGAUGACCCAGUUAGUUAUAAUGGUGAUACAGAAAAGCAAGUACAAAUUGGGAUUGUUUUUAUUAUUGGCAGCCCCUCAUUUCCUCCUAGAUUAAGGUGACAGCGUUCACCAAGGUCAGUGUCAGACCCUGUUGAAAAUGGGCUCCCCAAAAUUCACCAUCCUAUUUAUGAGUGGCAAAAUGAGGGAGGCGGUGAAGAUUCUCCAAAUAUUCCUGGGGGAGGGACGGGUGGCAGAAUCAUCCCAACAGUUUCAGUAUGACUGAAAAAAAGGAAAUUUCUCCACACACACACACACACACACACACACACACACACACACAGCGCCUCUCAGUGAAACUUUAUAAUUAAGUUUGUAGCAGAGGACAAAGGAAGCUUAUGGCCUAAGAAAGGACUGGGCGGAAUAAGGCCAAAUGCGGGAAGGGAAGCAGUGCUACCCUCGUGAGGAGAACCCUUUUUGUCGAUUUCUUAACAGACCCGCCCAACCCCUUCCAUGCACUAGGCCUGAGUUUGCUUGUUUUUAUGCCUAUGCUGGCAGAGCAGACUCCCCACUGCAAAAGCUCGGCCCCAAUGAAUGGAGGGCAGCAGGGCCAGUCCUCUGGGAGUGCAGUGGAGAGGACAAAGUGAAGGAACCACUCCUCCCCUUCACAAGAAGGGGACAUGACUGGGCCGGAGCUGGAGUCCCACCCAAAUCUGAAGUGUUUUUGGUGGAGACAUGCGAGAGGCCUUCUCAGGGCUGUAUACUAUACUUUCUGUGGGGAGGCCGCAUGCUUGUUUUCCUUUAGUGAGGAGGCUAGUUUAAUCUUUCUCAUUUGCCGCCUAAGAAGUUUUAAUGGUUUGGUGUUCUGCGAUUUUCUUAAAGCUCUUCUAAUUUUACUUUACAUCCAGUGCCAGAUUACCAAAUAGGCCCUGCGAUCAAACGCAUCAAAACAAUAACUGAUUUGAUCCUGAGAGGAAAAUGCAAUUGAGUACAGUGGUACCUCUGGUUACAUACGCUUCAGGUUACAUACGCUUCAGGUUACAGACUCUGCUAAUCCAGAAAUAUUACCUCAGCUUAAGUACUUUGCUUCAGGAUGAGAACAGAAAUCGGGCUCCGGCAGCGCGGCUGCAGCAGGAGGCCCCAUUAGCUAAAGUGGUGCUUCAGGUUAAGAACAGUUUCAGGUUAAGAACGGACCUCCGGAACAAAUUAAGUACGUAACCAGAGGUACCACUGUAUUAGGAUAUAUAUUCAACUUCCUAGGAUUUAGUUCCAGCUCUGUUUACACACUUUAGAUACUUUUAUUUUCUUCAUUGUGUUUCGCUGGUUCUGAUGUCAGCUGGCUUUCACACUGUGUAGAAAAGCAGGCCUUUACUCAGGGGUAGGAAACCUCAUGGUCAGAGGCUGAAUGCAGCUGUCCAGGACGCAGCCCUCAACCCUCUUCCUAGGCCAUUCAUUCCCCUUCCCGGUCCACACAUCCUUUUCCCAGAUGAAAACCCUCUGCAGUCUCCUCAACUGCUUUUUUUUCUGGCUGGAAUGUGUCCUUGAACUACGACAAAACCUCUUUUUAGAGGAAUGAGAGAUACGUAUGGGAUGUUCGCGUAUGUAGAAAUAUAUUGGCUUUUUGGUGUGCAAAGGCAAGAGUCACACCUGUUGCUCCACAACCUUUGCCCCUCGCCCCACUUUUCACCAGCAUGUGGCCCCCAGGAGGUUUCUGAUGAGGGACGGCGGCCCUUGGGUUGAAAAAAGCUUCUCCACCCCUGGUAUAAACAGAAAUAAAUGAACUUAAAUCUGAUCUUUCUUGUUUGUUCAGCUUUCCACCCACGAAAAUUGGUUUGUUACAGCUUCAGUUUUCUCUCUUCCAGUGUUUCUGUUCCCCCUCCUAUGAAUGGAGCAAUUGCAGCAGAACUUUGGUCACCGCGAUCUUGCUGAAAUAUCAGCACACAAUUUGGGACACAAGCAUUUUGGUUUCAUCAUGAUUUCCUGUCACUUCAGCAUUCUGUUUUUCUUCCUUUCCUUGGUGUAUCCUCUUUCACCGGCUGCAGGUAUGACUCAUGAAAAACUGUCAUAAUGUAUAAACUUGAAAUGUUUCCUUUUCUUGUAAUUUUCUUAUUGAAAGUGCAGGGCAAUUUUGAGAAAGGAUUCCAAUGCUUCUAAAUCUUCCUAAAACCAAACUGUUUUGUGUGACACAGCUGCUCAUGUGAUUACCAUAAUGAUUUAGAAAAAUCUGCUGCUAAGCUUAAUAGUUAACCAAAUUCCCCAGUGCCUCACAGAUAGAUCAAAAACCAGGUUUUAAACUGAGAGGUCAAAAAAGCAGCAAAUCUGACCAACUCUUUUUUAUGUAUUUCUAAAACCACCAUUAUCAAUUAUUGCUUCCAUGUAGUUUUCUCUUUGUUGAUUAUUGUUUUGUUUAAACAGAACCUGUAGAAUAAUAUCAUGAAGAGAGAAACCUAUAUCACUGUGUUGUCUCCACAUUCAGGAUUUUACCAGUAAUUUUACCAAAAUUACUGAAAGGUUUUUUUUUGGGGGGGAGCAAAUUUUCUGGCAUUCACAAAGCUAAAGAGGAAGGGCCGUAAUCACAAAAAAUUGAGAUCCUUUACAUUUUGUGAAUUAUUAGUAAACAAGUUGUGUGAACUGUCCGUUGGCUCAAAUAAGUGAUAUGUGAGUCUAGCUAUAGACUAAUCUUCUUUACAAUCAUAAUCUGUAACUAUUCAAACUUAUAUAUUAUUUGUGAUACACAUCAUUUGAAAAUAGAGGUUAAGUUAUUCUUUACUGGAAGGAUAAAAUGUGACUAAAGCUAAACAUGGUAAAUAUUUGUUCCAGGGUUUCUUUUGCUUAAUCCAAAAAUACAAUUUAGUUACUAAACUAUUUGAAUGCAACAUAACAGGAAUAAUAUUUCUUUAUAGAGUCAACUCGUUAUUUGACACAGAGUCAGCUUUCAGAGUGCACAUUCUUUGUCAGACAGAUGUUUGUUUAGGGGAAAAAGAAAAAGAAACCUUGUGAAAUAUAGAUAUGCUGGGUUGUAUCCAACAAGUCAUGCUCAGAGUAGACCCACUGAAAUACAGGGACUUGACUUACUUAAGUCCAUUUAUUUUGGUGGGGCUACUAUGAGAAUGACUUACUUAACUAUCAGUCCCCACUAUAUUUAAGCCCACUAUUCAUGACUUUGAAUUAAUGAAGUAAAUUUGAACACUUGCACUCAAGUGAGGAGCUAAUCUUAAAAAGAUAGACUUGGGGGGAAAUUGCAUGCUCACAAAGAUGCACAUGCCUCUUAAUUAACAGUUGUUUGGAUGCAAGGAGCUAUGCAGUCAACUUUGUUAAUUUUAAUUAUAUUUCUUGAAUGUUUCAUUGGAAACUGCGUUUGAAUCUGAUGGGGAGUAGUUUCUCUGUGGGCUGGACAGAAAGGGUUAUUUUGUAACUCAAAAGAAAAUUACAAUGCCCCAUAAGACAAUGAACAGUGAAGUAUUUUUCUGGCUUGAAGCAUUUCUACUAGGACUGUGCUAAGUAUUCCUCAAUUUUGAUGUUUAUUUUGAAAUUGCUCAAAACAAAUUUCACCCACACUGCCCUCAGCCUCAUUUCCCCUCACAACUGUUUCUCCUGGUUGGUUGUGGUGAUCACAUGAUGUGUAUGAGCAGGGCUUUUUUUCAGUCAAAAUGCCCCCAACAGUCAGGGGAGAGACCAGACCACCCUCAUCAAAGCCCUGCUGUGCCUCUGGCUCACAAGGAGCCCAAAGGGGACAUCCUCUACAGGGAUCCGGAGAGGAUCUCUGAAAUAUACUUGGAGUUGAGUGUGGAUUUCAUGCUCUUUAUUCAGCUCAUAGUAGUGAGGAAUGAAAGUUCCCCCAAAAUAUCUGCUUUAUAUACAUUAUUUACACAAUGGGCCGCACGCGAUUGCCUAAUUCCGGGAUUCUCCUGUAGGCCAAUCAGGUUGCGGAUUCACUUCCAACUGGAGCUGGAUUGGGUGGCUCCUGCGGACCAAUCAGACUGCUGAAUUCUGAAUCCUAUUGUUCUAGGACCAAUCAGACUGCUGCUUUUUGGAUCCUGUUGUUCUAGGACCAAUCAGACUGCUGCAUUUUGGAUCCUAUUCAACUCAGCACAUAACAGUCUCCUUGUGAACCAGAGGUGUAGCAGGGCUUUUCUGAGGCUCUUCAGCCCCCCAACAAACAGCUGACAUGUGGGAAAGCUGUGCUUCAGCUGAGCAAGCCCCGGAUGCUCUGGCUCACGUGAGCCCGAGAGGCGCAGUGGGGGCUCAUUAAGCUGCUCAUCUGAGGCAUGGAAGGCUCCCCUUGCCUCAGCUGAGCAGCCUCAACAUGCCUCUACCUUUUUGUCUUGGAAAAAAAGCACAGUUUACCAACAUAGCUUUAUGAUACCCUUGACAAAAGUCAUAUGGGUUGCUACCACUAGUAAGGUGAAAUAGCAGUGAAAGCAAAUGAGGGCAAGAAGGAAUUGUUGGGCUGAGAAACGGCAACCUGGAGACCAGGGGACACUGAUCCACACAAAAUCCCCCACAGAAUUAAUUUUAUACUCUCCAAAAUGGACAUAAAAUACAAUAAUCUCGGUUUAGUUCCAUUCCCUGCUUUUCUCAUCUGUGGAGAUAUCCCUAAUAACUGUGGUUUGCAGAGGCAGAAAGCCAAUGAUUUUUUUGUUUGUUUUUAAAGUCUUCUUAAAGCAUGAGGAAGCAAGCAGUGUGCUACAAAGGAAUAAGAGAGCCAACACCAUCUUUGAAGAGUUGAAAGCGGGAUCACUGGAACGAGAAUGCAUGGAAGAGAAAUGUUCAUUUGAGGAAGCCAGAGAAAUCUACAAAGAUAGUGAAAGGACUGUAAGUAAUGUGAAGUAAUGGAAGGGCAUCUUCCCAUUUUGAUGACAUUUGCCAAAUCUGUAUUAGAAUCAAUGGUUUAUAACAAACUGAACCAUGGUUUGACAUUACAUGAGGAACCACUGGCUUCAUGCUUUUCCUCCCUAAUCCCCUUGCUCACUCCAAUUCCCUCCCAAAUCCAAACCAGCAAACUGUGGGUUGUGCUCACCCUCCAAACCAGAACUGCAGACCCUGAUUGCAAGUACAAAGUGUAGCUUGCCAAUUUGAAUGUGAUUUGCAACUUCUUGUUUGGAGGAGAAUCUGCCAGUUCUGAUACUGUAUAAUAGCAAAAAGGUUCAGUCUGGUUCUUGUGUCUGGUAAAAUACCUGUUCUGCCUUUGGUGAGAGAUGUUUGGUUUUGGAGAUGACUUGUUUUAAAUGCAUUAGUGGGAGUUGAUAGAUCUGAGAUUCUUCAGUCUUUGCCAGGCCUUGGGGAUAGAUCUCUGAAGUGCAUCAUAUCUCUUGUACAAACACACGUAAAUGUAAUAAAUGUACAUACAGUACAUGAACAACAUGUGGUGUUCAACGUACCAUUUCCUAUGUUGCAUCUGAUGGGACUCAAUUUGAAAUACUGGGCACGGCAUUUAUAAUUUCCUUGUGAAACAUUAAGCGAAAGAACAUACGCCCAAUUGGCUUUUGCAUCACCAAAAAAGAACCUAUUGCAGGUGAAAUUAACAGAGCAGACAGAAAAGCCCCAUCUGUGAUACUGGGGAGUGUCUGAAUGGGAUCAGCCAAUUUAAGAAGCAAUUCUUGGUUCAAAAAUAGGGAAGUUGCAAGUAAACUCAGAAGUAAACUAGUAUUUUGAAGGUUAUCAUGAUAGUAGAUGACUUUUCCCAGACUGUUAUAGUGUAGAUGCUGUUUUACUUAGAUAUUGCCGUUUUUAUGCUCAUUUUGAUUAUUUCUUCUGUAUCUCUGUCCUUUUCUACUCAGAUGGAAUUCUGGAAACAAUACACAGGUAAGCCGACUCAUGCUAAAAGAAAAUUUGCUAUUGGAGCUCUUCCUAGAAUUUUUGCUGACACCUGAGUGUUUUCAUAGAUGCUAAUGAGUGUGACUCCAACCCUUGUCAGAAUGGUGGGACUUGUCAUGAUGAGUACAAGAAGUACAAUUGUUACUGUCCUGAAGAUUAUGAGGGCAGAAACUGUGAAAUUGGUAAGAUAUUCCUAUCAUCCAUCCAUCUAUCUAUCUAUCUAUCUAUCUAUCUAUCUAUCUAUCUCUAUAACAUUUAGAAUAUAAUUCUGCAGGUCUUUUGCAAGGCAUUUGGUGAAUUAAUAUGUUCUCAUAUAUUUAGGCCCAGAAACCAGACUGAAGUGCAUUUAUGACAACGGCAAUUGUGAGCAUUAUUGCAUCGAUAUCCCAAAUGCAGUACGACAGUGUUUAUGUGCAGAGGGAUAUAGGCUGGGAAGUGAUAAAGAAUCUUGUAUCCCAGAAGGUAAGGUAUAGAACACAUCACCACACCAAUUGUAUUUCAGGUUACAUCCAUGUCCUGAUAGAUGCCAGAGAAUAUUUUAAAAUCUUUUUUUAAAAAAAAUCUUGCAAUUUUAAUUUAAAAUAAAAUGGUAGGCUAAAAUAUGAUGGCAGAAAAAAAGAUUCCAUUCUAUUCCCCAUUCAGAUAAAAUUGUUCUUUCCCACUUAGCAGUUGCAUCUUUACCAGCAUAUAAACUGAAAUAUUUACUUUAGGGCUUCAAAUACUAAUCCAGCUAAACCAAUUUUAACGUCAUUGUUCCCAGGAUCUAACUACUGGCAGUGCAAGGAAAAUGCUUUAUGCUGAGUCAGACCAUUGGUUCACAUAGCUCAAUAGUGUCCACACAGACUGGCAGCAGCUCUCCAGGAUUUCAGAUGGGCCUUUCUCCUUCCUGGAAAUAUUGGGGAUUAAACUUGGCAGAUGCUCUACUGUCCUGUUCUCCAUUUUCAAUAAUGAUACUGCAUGGAUACGAACGUGUAUCUGUCAUGCCGCAGCAGUACAGGGUCAUCAACUUGUGGCUGGCUGGAGUGCAGAUUGUGACUUUGCUGGGAUAUAUGCAUCAGUUUCAGUCCAACUACUCCUGCUUAACUGGUUUGUUGACUAGGCCAGAUGUGACUGUAACAGCCUGUUGGGAAUGAGGCACAGAAAUUAAAAAAAGAAUUGCAUGUCACACUCUUUGAAUGCUUUUAAUCAGUGGAUUUACAGGAUUUCACAAUACAAAACUCCCACCUGAGAAUGAGCUUUUUAAAUAGGAAAGGUAAAGGGACCCCUGACCAUUAAGUCCAGUUGCAAACGACUCUGGGGUUGCAGUGCUUAUCUUGUUUUACAGGCCGAGGGAGCUGGCGUUUGUCCACUUCUGCAGACAGUUUUUCCAGGUCAUGUGGCCAGCAUACCGGUAACUAAGCCACUUCUGAUGAAACCAGAGCAGAACAUGGAAACGCCGUUUACUGCCAGAGCAGUACCUGUUUAUCUACUUGCACUGUGUGCUUUUGAACUGCUAGGUUGGCAGGAGCUGGGACUAAACAACGGGAGCUCACCCCGUUGCAGGGAUUCGAACCGCCGACCUUUCGAACGGCAAGCCCAAGUGGCACAGUGGUUUAACCCACAGCGCCACCCACGUCCCAUGAUUUUCAUAGUAGUUAAUAACAGAAGAUUGGAAAGUUGCGCUUAAAAACAUGGUCACAGUAUUAUAGUCUGAAAGCUCAACUGUAUGUUUCAAAAUAUUAUUUACUGGUGUUUCGUGAUACAGACCAAACUCAGAAGUGGGGAAGGGCUCAUAUACGUUUCACGCAUAACAAAAGCUACAUCUUUUUGCAGUUGAUUAUCCUUGUGGGAAAAUACCACUUCUGGCCAAAAAAAGGGAGGACCGACAGGGAAGAAUCGUAGGUGGUUAUACCUGUCCUCCAGGUGAAUGCCCAUGGCAAGUGAGUCUUCAAAUAACUUUAGUACAAUUCUCUGUCUGUCUGUCUUUGCAUCAGAAACACUUAAUUGGGGGAAGGGCACAAACAGGUUCCUCUUGACUUUCCAUACAGUGCAUAGUGCAUUAGGGGGAAAGAAAACUGCCAGAUCCCUACAUUUCAAAAGAGACAAAACAAUAUCCAAACAGAACCUCCAACAUAACAUUCACAAAGUGGUAAAACAUUGCAAGGUGUUCAGUGCAGACAGGAGAAGCUUGUCUUAUUUUUUCAAUGGCUAGACAACCAUUCCUAUACUGAUUGGUAAAGGUAAAGGGACCCCUGACCAUUAGGUCCAGUCAUGGCCGACUCUGGGGUUGCGGCACUCAUCUCACUUUACUGGCCAAGGGAGCCGGCGUACAGCUUCCAGGUCAUGUGGCCAGCAUGACUAAGCCUCUUCUGGCGAACCAGAACAGUGCACGGAAACGCUGUUUACCUUCCCGCAGGAGCGGUACCUAUUUAUCUACUUGCACUUUGACGUGCUUUCAAACUGCUAGGUUGGCAGGAGCAAGGACCGAGCAACGGAAGCUCACCCCAUCGCAGGGAUUUGAACCGGCGACCUUCUGAUCGGCAAGUCCUAGGCUCUGUGGUUUAACCCACAGCACCACCCGCGUCCCAAUUCCUAUACUGAUACUUUAUACUAAAAAAAUAAAUCAUUUUUAAAAUAGUUAUAAAAAUUAGACUGAUAAUAGGAAUAGUAACAUUCAUGAGGUGUGGGCAGGGGUAAGAAACAUGAACAAGAAGUUGUAUUUUGAAUGUUGGAAAGCACAACCUUGAGGGAGAACAUGCACAAGUGUGCUUUCUUCUCUUUUUUUGGCUUUUUUUUGGACAGGAACAGAAAAGCCCAACGUGUAAUGUGCUUGAAUGGAGGUCAAACCCAAAGUUAUGUGUGCUGUUUGUUUUGCUUUUGAUAUUCGGUGUGUAGUUCCCUGGGAAAGAAUUCUUAACUUUGCACCUUUCCACAGUGUAAACCACCUCUCACCUCCUAUUGUCCAAAGCUGCUAAUAGCUUUGGGGGCAGAAAAAAGACAAGCAUAGAUGCUCUUCAUUCAGCUCUCCCUCUACGUACUAAGUUUUGUAACCACUCUUAGGAUGUCUAGACCCUUGCCUUUGCUUUGGUAUCUCAGGUGCUCUCCUUGGCCAUAAGGACAUAAGAGCCCUGCUGGGUCAGAACAAGGCCUGUCAGCUUCAGCAUCCUAUUUCCUGCAGUGGCCGACCAGAUGUCCCUGAAAGCCCACAAGCUAGAGAUGAGAGCAACAGGAUGUUCUCCUGCAGUUAUCUCCAAGCAAGUUAGUAUUCAGAGGUGUUGAAAACAUCUGAUUCUGGUGGUAGUACAUAGCUAUGACAAUUUAUCUUUCAGGAGUUCGUCUAAUCUCAUUUUAAAGAUGCCUAAAUUGGUAGCCAUCACUACAUUUUCUGUGGGCAAAUUCCGUAGUUUAACUAUGCUGAAUCGCCCUUUAAAGCUGUUUUUAAAGAACUAUUAUUUUUUUUUGCCUGUCUUAAAUCUCCUGCCAUCCAACUUCAUUUGAUGCUCCUAGGGUUCUAGCGCUUUGAGAGAAAGAGAGAUAGAAACAUCUUUCUCCCUACUUUUUCCACACCUUACAUACAUUUGUAGUCAGUCACACCCCUCCUUACUCAUCUGUUUGUUUCCCACAAACAUUGUAACUUUCCCUCAUUUGGAGAAGUUGCUGCAGCCUUCUGACUAUUUCAGUUCCCCAAAAUUUUAAGUGUCAUUUAAACAACCUAACCAUUCCACUCAGUUGAACACAUUACUGGUAGAUGUGUUGACAGGUCCUUCAUAAAUGCCAAAUAAAUCAUGUUUCUUGUAAAGGGUUUUGCAGUGAUGGUUGUUGUAUUUUCAGGCUCUCAUGAUAGAAGGUCAAAGGCAGAGGUGUGGAGGUGUUCUUAUUGCUCCAUCAUGGGUAGUUACUGCAGCCCACUGCUUCUCACAAACACGCCGCGAAGCACUCAGGAUAAAGCUGGGUGAGUACAGUCCUCAGUGGAAUUGAGAAGAUAACGAGAGGCUUGCAAUUAUGCUGUGCUGAAACUACAUAGAGCUUGAUCCAUAUGGUUGGCCAGUUGGAACAAGCUUCCCUGGUAAAGUGGAGAAGGAGGUACAAGUUUUAAAUAAAAACAAACAAACAAACAAACAAACAAACAAACAUUAUUGAGUGCUAUGCCAUGCAGGGAGCUCAAAGGCCAAUAACUGGAUCACUGGGUAUGUAGAUCAAGUAAGACUAUCAGCAUAAAUAUUUGGACAUCAGAAUCUGAUCAGUGUGACACAUUCCGCUUCUACAAACACAGUCUGUAAUAUGAAUCCAUCUGUGAGGAGACCAGGGUAUUCCAUGAUGCCCUUCCUUUCCUUGACAUAAAAUCCAAACUCUCAGUAAGGUAGCUUAAACUAAAUAAAAUAUUAUGCAGGUAGAAUGCCAGCAGGGGAAUCAAGGCUUUCCAGUGUUUUGUCCCUGUUGGACAGAAGUCACGGGUUUCGCCAAGGUGCAGUGAGUUCCUGGCUCCCUGGGAACGUAUUUGUUCCAUUGAGACCAAAGUGGCAGACCUGGAAAAGCUAAAAGAUGCAGUGAAGGUGGCAGAUAAGGCCUUCAGGGAUGUUACGGCUGUGUCCCAUUCGCACAGUGAUAGGUCCCCUGCUGUCAGGGAGAAUGAGGUCCCAGGGAAGGAAAUAAUUGCUCUGGGGAAGAGUACCUGCAGGAGGUUCAAUAAUGGAAAAUUAUUCUGCCAUGCAACAAGAAAAUAAUUGAAAACAUAACCAUUAAUGACCAUGCAGUGCUUCCAGAAAACCUGUUUGUUGAGUGGUCAUCCUGAUUUGUUUCCAGGGAGAUUAGACAGUGUUGGCUAAAGGUAAAGGGACCCCUGACCAUUAGGUCCAGUCAUGACCGACUCUGGGGUUGCAGUGCUCAUCUUGCUUUAUUGGCCAAGGGAGCCGGCGUACAGCUUCCAGGUCAUGUGGCCAGCAUGACUAAGCCGCUUCUGGCGAACCAGAGCAGCGCACGGAAAUGCCGUUUACCUUCCCGUCGGAGCGGUACCUAUUUGUCUACUUGCACUUUGACGUGCUUUCGAACUACUAGGUUGGCAGGAGCAGGGACCGAGCGAUGGGCGCUCACCCCAUCGUGGGCAUUCAAACCGCCAACCUUCUGAUUGGCAAGUCCUAGGCUCAGUGGUUUAACCCACAGCGCCACCCGUGUCCCACAAAUUAUUCUGAUUAGUUUGCAUGGAAAUUGGAUGAUGAUGAUGCAUCAAAACUAACGCUAUUCCACACAUUCCAGCACAUUUUCCUUUCGCUUUACAAAAUGUCCAGUCUUGUGAAAGUGGGUUCUUUGAUGAUAAUUGCACAACCUAAAUUUGCCAGUGUGUGACCCCAAAAUAAGGACAGUCUUUGUGCUAUUAAUCCUCUCUGAAGAUGAGCCUAAAGACCUGGCUCGACUCUGAGAUCUGUGCUAUUAAGAAACCUGACACCUGUGGCUUAACAAAUGUUCCUGCUUUUCCAGGUAAAUACAGGAUAGACCAGGAAGAAGAAGGUGAACAGGAAAGAAGAGUUGCUAAAAUCAUAAUCCAUGAAAAGUAUUCUCCCAAAAAAGUUGAAAAUGACAUUGCCUUGUUGCAGUUAGCGACACCUGUCAAUUUCACAGAUUACGUGGUGCCCAUAUGCUUGCCUCAGCAGCGGUUUGCUGCAGAUGUGCUGAGCUUCAUUGAAUACUCCACAGUGAGUGGAUGGGGGCGUCUCUUAGAAGGCGGGGCUACGUCAGCCACACUUAUGCAAGUGAGACUCGUCAAAAUGCAUAGGAAAGAAUGUGCUCAGCACACUAACUUAAAUAUUACAAAGAACAUGUUCUGCGCAGGAUACCUUGAUGGGAGUCGAGACUCUUGUGAAGGUGACAGCGGUGGACCUCACGCCACUGAGUACAAGAACACGUGGUUUCUAACAGGGAUCGUGAGCUGGGGUAAAGGCUGUGCGGCAAUGGGCACAUACGGAGUUUACACCAAUGUCGUAGAAUACAUUGGGUGGCUAAACAAUCACAUGCAGAAUACCUCUAGCACUGCAGUUGUACAUACACCCUCUCAGAAUUAAGGCCUAUUGAGUUCAAUGGGAUUUAAUCACAGAUAAAUGUAUACAGCAUUGCAGCCUUCAUUAGCACUUUCCUUGGUUUUUUUUGACACUUGUUUUUCAGCAUUCUUUGAGCAUUGUAUAUCAAUUAAAGGCUAUAUACCGAAUUAACACU